AACGUACUUCCGGUAGAGACGGAAGCGGAAGUAGUCCUUAACAAAUAUGUCCGCUGUAGCUUUACGUUGUUGAACAAAAACAACACUCGUGGAUCAUGGCUGAAGGCGGAGUGGACGAACUUUCGCAGCUUGAAUAUCUGUCCUUGGUGUCUAAAGUGUGCACGGAACUCGACAACCAUCUGGGAAUAAACGACAAAGAUUUAGCUGAGUUUGUUAUAAGUCUUGCCGAAAAACAACCUUCAUUUGACGGAUUUAAAGCUCUUUUGACACAAAAUGGAGCCGAAUUUACAGAUUCUCUCAUCAGUAACCUGCUCAGGCUUAUCCAAACCAUGCGACCACAAUCUAAAGCCUCCACUAGUAAAGCCCCCGAGGUUGUGGUCAAACCAAAGUCUGAGAAAGACCGGCUGAAGGAACUGUUCCCGGCUCUGUGCAGGCCCAACGAACCAGAGCCAAAGAAGCUACUUGAUGAAGAAGAUGUGAAGAUCGCAGCAGAAGCAAUGAAAGAGCUUGAGAUGUUUAUGCCCAGUGUCAGUGCUGUCAAACCUGAAAGUAGCAAAAGCAGAUCUGACAAGAGCAGACGUCACAGCCGAAGCCGCAGUCGGAGCAGAGACCGAGACAGACACAGAGAUCGGGACAGGGACAGAAGAAGACGACACAGAUCUCGCUCCAGGUCCAGAUCUCGCUCCAGAGACAGGGACCGGCACCGUGACAGAGAGAGGGACAGAGACAGAGACAGAGACAGGGGUAAGAGGAGGGACAAGUCCUCUCGCUGGAGUGAACGAUCCCCAAGCCCCCGCAAAGAGGACAGAGAAUGGAAAGAGAAACACGUGGACCGCCCCCCGCCCGAAGAGCCCUCUGUAGGCGAUAUCUACAACGGCAAAGUCACCAGCAUCAUGCAGUUUGGCUGUUUUGUUCAGCUGGAGGGGCUACGAAAACGUUGGGAGGGUUUGGUCCACAUUUCUGAACUGCGAAGAGAAGGUCGAGUGGCCAAUGUGGCUGAUGUCGUCACUAAAGGUCAAAGGGUCAAAGUCAAGGUCUUGUCAUUUACGGGCUCCAAAACCAGCCUCAGUAUGAAGGAUGUGGACCAGGACACUGGGGAAGACUUGAACCCAAACAGGAGGAGGAACAUGGGCCCAGAUGGAGGUGAAGAGACUUCCAUGAGAAACCCAGACCGCCCCAGCAACCUGAAUCUAGGCCACGCCCCCGAAAUGGAGCAGGACGACACACUGGAACGCAAAAGGCUCACCAAGAUCUCGGACCCAGAGAAAUGGGAGAUCAAGCAGAUGAUCGCUGCCAAUGUUUUAUCAAAAGAGGAGUUUCCUGAUUUUGAUGAUGAAACAGGAAUUCUACCAAAAGUGGAUGAUGAAGAAGAUGAGGACCUUGAAAUCGAACUUGUGGAAGAGGAGCCUCCGUUCCUGAGAGGUCACACCAAACAGAGUAUGGAUAUGAGUCCUGUAAAAAUAGUGAAGAAUCCAGAUGGCUCGCUAUCGCAGGCAGCCAUGAUGCAGAGUGCUCUGGCGAAGGAGCGGCGUGAGCUAAAGCAGGCGGCGCGAGAGGCAGAAAUGGACUCCAUCCCCAUGGGCCUGAACAAGCACUGGGUCGAUCCACUGCCUGACGCUGAUGGGAGGCAGAUUGCUGCUAACAUGAGAGGCAUUGGCAUGAUGCCCAAUGAUAUCCCAGAAUGGAAGAAGCACGCCUUUGGGGGCAACAAGGCAUCUUACGGAAAGAAGACCCAGCUCUCCAUCCUGGAGCAGAGAGAGAGUCUGCCCAUCUACAAACUGAAGGAGCAGCUCAUUCAGGCCGUGCAUGAUAACCAGAUCCUGAUUGUCAUUGGGGAGACAGGCUCUGGUAAGACCACCCAGAUCACGCAGUACCUGGCCGAGGCGGGCUACACCAGCCGUGGGAAGAUCGGCUGCACUCAGCCUCGUCGUGUGGCCGCCAUGUCUGUGGCCAAAAGGGUCUCAGAGGAGUAUGGAUGCUGUUUAGGACAAGAGGUCGGUUAUACGAUCCGUUUUGAGGACUGCACGAGCCCAGAGACGGUGAUCAAAUACAUGACAGACGGUAUGUUACUGAGGGAGUGUCUGAUCGACUCUGAGCUGGGACAGUACUCCAUCAUCAUGUUGGAUGAGGCUCACGAGAGGACCAUCCACACUGACGUCCUCUUUGGCUUGCUCAAAAAGACUGUACAAAAGCGCACGGACAUGAAGUUGAUCGUCACAUCCGCCACACUGGACGCUGUGAAGUUCUCCCAGUAUUUCUACGAAGCUCCCAUCUUCACCAUCCCAGGACGAACCUACCCCGUGGAGGUCCUGUACACCAAAGAGCCAGAGACGGACUACCUCGACGCCAGCCUCAUCACCGUCAUGCAGAUCCACCUCACCGAGCCGCCCGGUGAUAUUCUGGUGUUUCUGACGGGUCAGGAGGAGAUCGACACGGCCUGUGAAAUCCUUUAUGAGAGGAUGAAGUCUCUGGGGCCCGAUGUACCUGAACUCAUCAUCCUGCCCGUGUACUCCGCUCUGCCCAGUGAGAUGCAGACACGGAUCUUUGACCCGGCUCCUCCAGGCAGCAGAAAGGUCGUCAUUGCUACAAACAUUGCAGAAACAUCUUUGACCAUCGAUGGAAUCUAUUAUGUCGUUGAUCCUGGAUUCGUGAAGCAAAAAGUUUACAACUCCAAGACUGGUAUUGAUCAACUUGUAGUCACUCCCAUUUCACAGGCUCAAGCCAAGCAGCGGGCGGGGCGUGCCGGCAGGACAGGACCAGGGAAGUGCUACCGUCUGUACACAGAAAGAGCGUACAGAGACGAAAUGUUGACAACAAAUGUGCCUGAGAUCCAGAGAACCAACUUGGCCAGCACUGUGCUCUCACUGAAGGCCAUGGGUAUCAAUGACCUCCUCUCCUUCGACUUCAUGGACGCUCCUCCGAUGGAGACUCUGAUCACAGCCAUGGAGCAGCUGUACACUCUGGGAGCGCUAGACGACGAAGGCCUGCUCACAAGACUGGGAAGAAGGAUGGCGGAGUUCCCCCUGGAGCCCAUGUUGUGUAAAAUGCUGAUCAUGUCGGUCCAUUUGGGCUGCAGCGAAGAAAUGCUCACUAUUGUGUCCAUGCUGUCUGUACAAAAUGUCUUCUACAGACCCAAGGACAAGCAGGCAUUGGCCGACCAGAAGAAGGCCAAGUUUCACCAACCUGAGGGCGAUCACCUGACCUUACUGGCUGUGUACAACUCCUGGAAAAACAACAAGUUCUCUAAUCCCUGGUGCUACGAGAACUUCAUCCAAGCCCGCUCCCUACGCCGAGCUCAGGACAUCCGAAAGCAGAUGUUGGGGAUCAUGGACAGGCAUAAACUGGACGUAGUGUCUUGUGGUAAAGCAACGGUCCGCGUCCAGAAGGCCAUUUGCAGCGGUUUCUUCAGAAAUGCGGCUAAAAAGGACCCACAGGAGGGAUACCGCACCCUGAUCGACCAGCAGGUGGUGUACAUCCACCCCUCCAGUGCCCUCUUCAACAGACAGCCCGAAUGGGUUGUGUACCACGAGCUGGUCCUCACCACCAAAGAGUACAUGCGCGAGGUGACCACCAUCGACCCGCGCUGGCUCGUCGAAUUCGCCCCCGCCUUCUUCAAAGUGUCCGACCCUACGCGCCUCAGCAAACAGAAGAAACAGCAGCGCCUGGAGCCACUGUACAACCGCUACGAGGAGCCAAACGCGUGGAGGAUAUCCCGGGCUUUCCGACGCAGAUGAGAGGUCUAUUCUUUACAAUGGAGGAUAGUUCAAAUCUGAGAGACAAUUUUGUUCUCAUGACAACGCAUUCUUACUAUGUCUGUUUUAUAAAGCAACUGUGUAACUUUUCUGAUGACUGGCCUGCCAUCUGUUUUCAGUGAAGGUGUUUUGCUUUGCCGGAAAUGUUUUACAGUAUGACGUUAAAGGUAUCUUGCGUUUAUUCAAUUAGAGUCAUGUAUAUAGCAAAACAAAAUGCAUUGAAAAGCAUUUAUUAUCAGUGGGGUCGCCUCUCCACAGAUGUAACCUGUACCUUGGCCUGAUAGCGUCACCUGUUUGUCCCUAUGUAGAAAAAUGCCUUUGACGCCAUACUGUGGAAACUUCCAUCCAAAGGUAUCCACGGAGACAAGCAGGUGGCAGAUCCUCCAGCAGUGAAAUUACACAGUGCACCUGUAAUUUAUGUUUGGGAGCGUCAAAGGACCAUUUUAUUACUUUAGAUGAAAACGGUGAUGCCAUCGUGGUGAUUAAACGUGAGGUCGUUGCUUUUUAGCUGACAGGGAGCCGUAUAAGUUUUACUACAUCGAACCAGACACAAAAAUAAAACUUUACUAUUUGUCCUUCAUGCUUGAAAUCCAAGGUUAGUCUGGGAGAUUUUAUUAGGUUUUUAUUUGAGCAUAUAAAACGUUUUUGCAUCAUUUGUGCCCAGUAUUUAAUUCCCCUUUCACACAUUUUGUAGCCAUGUACUUAUUAUUCCCUUUUGUACUUGUAAAUGGAACAAUUAUAGCGUCAUUUUCAAUGUAUAUAGCAACAGCGCUGGACUUUACCCAGAAAGAUUGUAUGAUGGCCCUAUAAAAAAGUAUAUUUUUUAGAUUUAUAAUUUUACCAUCCCUCAUUUAAUUUGGAAGUGUUAUGAAAGAUAAUUGUUGAAACCCCUGAUUUAAAGAGCCUAGUCCACUUUAAACCGUUACACACACAAAGCACAAAAACCCAUAAAAACUGU